UGGUUGCACACUUGUAUUCCCCGUGCACAGACUGCACAUUUGUAUUCCACUUGGACUGGUUGCACACUUGUAUUCCCCGUGCACAGACUGCACAUUUGUAUUCCAUUUGUACUGGUUGCACACAUGUAUUGCACUUGUACAGGCUGCACAUUUGUAUUCUUCUUGCACAGACUUCACACACGUAUUCCUCUUGCACAGGCUGCAGACUUGUAUUCCGCUUACACAGACUGUAUACUUGUAUUCCUCUUCUCUUGUACAGGCUCCACACAUGUAUUCCGGAACAAAAACUGGGUUGGUCACUGAUGUUCAACGGGAGCACCAGGAACUCAAGAAACAGGACCAAGACACCACUGACCUCGGAGCUCAGUUUGAGUUCACUGAAACUGUAUUUCGAGACAAGUCUGGUCGGAAGAGAAAUCUGAAGCUGGAGCGCUUGGAACAGAGGAGAAAAGCAGAGAAAGACUCAGAGCGAGAUGAGCUGUAUGCCCAGUGGGGGAAAGGGCUUGCCCAGAGUCGGCAGCAGCAACAGAACGUAGAAGAUGCGGUGAAGGAGAUGCAGAAGCCUCUGGCCCGCUACAUAGAUGACGAAGAUCUGGAUCGGAUGCUGAGAGAACAAGAAAGAGAAGGGGACCCGAUGGCCAAGUUUAUUAAGAAGAAUAAGGCUAAGGAGAACAAGAAUAAGAAGGUGAGGCCUCGCUACAGCGGUCCUGCUCCUCCUCCCAAUAGAUUCAACAUUUGGCCCGGGUAUCGCUGGGAUGGAGUGGACAG